AUGACAGACCACGGCUGGGGUCCGGCUCCCCCUCGCACCGACCUGGGCGGGGCCACUACUGCACACAAUCCUGGUGCCUUCGGUACCACCGAGCUCAAAGAGGCUCUUCCGCUCAAUGGUAACAAGCAAGCCGAGGGGAAGCCAGAGACACCCGCCGGUUGGGUUCCGCCCACCGCUUACGAUUACACUGCCUACGGCAAAGGCGACGCCAAUGAGUGGGACAGCAACGCCCAUGUUUACGAGUGGGACGGUGAGAAUGGCGACAUCGGCCCGGAGCACCCAGCUCUGGAGGUACAGCUGUUUGGCGACCCCGACAAGCGCGGAAAGCAGGGCAUUGAUUUCAGCAAGAUUUCCGAAAUUGAACUGAAGCAGGAAGGGCCGGCCCGGGUUCAGCCCAUUGCCAAGUUCGAGGACGCUGGUCUUCAUCCGGCGAUGCUCAAGAACGUUCAGCUGGCGGGCUAUGGAGCCCCGACUCCGAUCCAGCGCUAUUGUCUUCCAGCCAUCCACCUUGGCUACGACGUGAUUGGCAUUGCGCAGACGGGUUCGGGCAAGACCGCUGCAUACCUCAUCCCGAUCUUGAACAAGUUGAUGGGCAAGGCCAAGAAGUUGGCUGCUCCCCGUCCGAACCCGGCCACCUUUCAGGAGGGGGUUGAUCACCGCGUUCGGGCGGAGCCUCUGGUGGUCAUCGUUUGUCCCACUCGUGAGCUUGCUGUUCAGAUCUUCAACGAAGCUCGGAAGUUCUGCUACCGCACCAUGCUACGCCCUUGCGUUGUCUACGGCGGCGGUGCCCUCAGGGACCAAGCCGAGCAGCUCCAGAAAGGCUGUGAUAUUCUAGUCGCUUCCCCCGGCCGCCUUAUUCACUUCAUCAACAAGCCUGACGCUCUGACCCUUCGUCGCGUCCGGUACAUGGUUAUUGAUGAGGCUGAUGAGAUGCUUAUGGACGAUUGGAAGGAGGACUUGACGACAAUCUUGUCUGGUGGCGAACAAGAGGAAGGCAAUAUCAACUACAUGUUGUUCUCUGCCACUUUCCCCAAGGCAGCCCGGGAUCUGGCUCAAACCCACCUUGCGGAGACUCAUGUCCGCCUCCGCGUCGGCCGUGCCGGUAGCUCGCACGCGAACAUCAAGCAGAAUGUGAUCUAUGUCGACCCUUCUUUGAAGAAGCAGGCGUUGAUUGAUCUCAUCAAGUCCCUGCCGCCCACUCGGACCAUCAUCUUCGUCAACUCCAAGCGCGCAGCCGAGGAGGUCGACGACUUUUUGUUCAACUUGGGCAUGCCCUGCACCUCGAUGCACGGUGAUCGUAAUCAGUUGGAGCGCGAGGCUGCCAUGCGUGGCUUCCGGGGCGGUAAGUGGCCCAUUCUGAUCGGCACUGGCGUCACGGCUCGUGGUAUCGACGUGCGUAAUGUGAUGCACGUCAUCAACUACGAUCUUCCGUCGAUGGACCACGGCGGCAUUGAGGAAUAUACUCAUCGCAUUGGUCGGACCGGCCGCAUCGGCCACCGCGGUCUGGCGACGUCCUUCUAUUCCGAUCGGGAUGAGCCCAUUGCCUCGGUUCUCACCCGCACUCUCAUGGAGACCCACCAGGAGAUUCCUGACUUCCUACAGCCCUAUGUCCCCGAGGGUGCUACCGCAGAUAAUCUCAAAUUUGAAGCGGAUUCGGACUUUGAGGAGGAGACAUUUGGCGGCGGCGCUGGUGGCGGUGGCGGCUGGGGUGCUGUCGACGACAACACUGGUGACGCUGCUGGUAACGACGCUGGCGAUGGCGCCGGUACUGGCGGCGGCGGUUGGGGCACUGAUGGCGAUAACAACAACGCGAAUACCAAUGGCACCAACGGUACCAACGGUACCAACGGUUGGGGUAAUGGCCGCAACGGCGGUAGCGGCGGCGGUGGUGGCUGGGGUGCCAACACCUCGACUGAGCCCGUGACUAGCUCCGGCUGGUGA